AUGUUACUGAAAUGCUUUAUGCUCGUUUUCUUCUUUGCUAUCCAAGGUGAAGCGAAAUUUGGUGGAAGUCACUCGAAAGAAAACCAUGGAUUUCCACCAUCAAUCUUCCCAUUCCUCAAAAAUACAACCGCUGAGCAAAAGAAAGAUUUCUACACAAUCAUCGCCAACACAACCGCCACAAAAGGCGAGAAGAAAACCGCAGCCGAUAAUUGGGCUCAAAAUAUUGGCGGAGAUGUGCAAACUUCAUACACCGAAUUCCAAGCAAAUCUCUCGAAAAUCCAAACCGAGACUCGAGCGAAUGUCUCGCGAAUCAUCAGUGAAUUGCCGAAUGAAUUGACCGAAGUGUACAAGAUUCUCGACGAUCAGACAGUCACUGAGAAACAAGAGAUUGAGAAUUUGAUUAAAUUCUACAACUCGAUCGCUGAUCCGGAAAUGAAAUCGGCUCUUCAAUUCAUUCUUGCGCCUCGUUUCCCGCUUGGUCCUCGUGGGCCACAUGGUGGGAAAAUGCACUGGUUUCCAAGCAAGAAACAUCGCCGUCAG